UUUAAAUAUAACAACUUUAAUGGCAUCAAGUGAAAAAAUAGUGAAUAAUUGCAGCUAAAAUUUUAAAGUGCUUUAAUUCUCAAAAUAACUUUGAAUAUUGUUAACUUCGCUGGAUCCAGUUGCUGUGAUUAUAGAUGUUCUAAUAAAGAAGACCAAUAAAAAAAUCUACCUUGAUUUUAUUACUGAAACAACAUCAUUAAUAAUAAUCUUUAAAAAUAGAAAGCCAUAAACGAGCAAAAUCACCAAAAUCAAGGAUUAUUUAUUUUUUUAAAGAGAAUAUCAAUAAAUUAGCCAAAAAAAAGUGGACAUUGACAGAAAUAAAGUUCUUCCGCAAUUUUCAAGAUGAAGAACUUCACCUUGACAUUGCUUGCAUUUCUUCUCAUACAAUGGUGCAGUCUUCAUAAAAUUUCAUGCUCAACUGUAGCUGUGAGUCAAAAUAGUAGCGAUGAAGAUCAUCAUUCACCAUUGUCUGAAGAUAAUUUAUUGAAAGUCAGUGCAACACAUGCAGUCAGUAACUCAACAGAUCAUAAUUCUUACUCAGACUCAGCAUCAGCAUAUGUCAAUGAGAAAAAGUCAGAAAGGAACCAAAGAACAUUAUACAGAAGAGCUGGUGGUCAUCUAAGAGGCGAUGUCGCAUCAACUACAACAACAACAACAAGCCUACCGCAUCGACGUCCAACAGUUCAAAGUCAUCUUAAUGAACCAUCAACGUCACGCGAAGUUAUUCAUCCCGUCAAUUCAAAUAGCAUUAAAAAUCACAAGAGCUAUUUUCGAAGAAAAACGAAGACAACAUUGCAGCCAUCUCAACAUAAUUCAUCAUCGAGUCAUCGUGAUGAGAAUGAGAGAAGCAGCAGUAGCAAUAAAGUCAUUAAUGUCACAAUAUUAGAUAGUUCAGAUUCCAAAGAAAUAAAUGACACGAAUGACGAGGAAAAUAGUCUAGAUUACGGUCUAAUGGCUAUGAGUGCAGCUGGUGAGGGAAAUAAAGAUGAUGAGGAGCUUACAAAGACAUCAUUAAGGGACACAACGAAAGAUGAGAAAGUAAAAACUCUUUCAGAUCAGAUUGCGGAAGGAAAGUAUGGAUUAAUUGAGAAAGAGAUUUUUAAUAAGCCUCAAAAAGCUCCUGGAAUAAUUUCGUACAAAACAAAUUCAGAGACACCAGAUGACAAUGAGAAAACUUUGGGUGGGUUAAGUAAAGAUGAGAUUUGGUUAGCAGAAGAUCACCUUCUAGUCCUUAAAGGAGGUAUCGCAAAUGAUAAGAAGAAUAGUGCUAAUGAAAAUUGGCACCCAAUUGACGAUUAUGAAGCACCAAAAAGACCAGUUAAAAUUCCACUCAAUCCACGAGUUCCACCUCCCUUUCCCGUACAGCUCUCGGAAAAUGGACCAUUACAAUUUAUCGGACAUAAUAAAUUUUCGAUAUUCAAUCCGUACACAAAUGAAACAGGCUUAUUUGCAAAUGUUAAUGGCCACAUCACGCCCAAAAAUCAAGCCAAUAGUGAAGAUACGAGGAGUUCUGUUACCGGGCUUGGAGCGAUCAAAAAUCUUACGAAAGAUAAGAUUCAUGAAGUGAUUCCCCCACCACCUUGGUUGUUUCAUAAUUCCUACAAAGACGUUGAUCUACUCAAACAUUUUCCAUUUAACCUACCUUUACCAGAUCAAGCACUUAAUAGAACUGAAGAUUUUGAUGAAGACGAUCCAUCAUUGUUUUAUCCACCGCCAUAUAGUUUCGUUUAUAAAACAAAUUACACAAAUUUAGCGCCAGUUGGGCCUUUAGUUCCUGGAAUUAUUUUACCGCCACCACCAGACUUCUUCUCCGUUUACGACCCUGAAGAAGAGAAGAAACCAAUUAAGACUCCACUUGAUGCAUAUCAUAGAAUCAAAGAAAUCCAGCUAAAGAAUCGUCUAAGUGCAACAACUCAAUCGCCAUCUUCAACUACUGAACAACCACCUAGAUCAUCAAGUGCUUCAUAUAUUCGUGAUUUUACAAGGAAAACGAAGCCACCAAGUUCAACAGUUUCAACUACAAAACUAUACAAAACAAAGACAACUACUGUACGCCCAGUUACAAUUCAUUCAUCGACAAUUUCUCCAUUAACAACACCAAACGAAAUAUUGAACUAUAAAACUCAUCAUUAUGACACGACUACACUCCGAUUACAUCCAGUUUAUAUUCCACCAAGCAUGUCAACAAAAUUGUAUUCAACAAUUUCAACUACGACGACAACACAAGCUCCAAUUGAACCACAAAAUGUUAAGCAAUACCAAAAGGAUUAUGGAACACAACAUCAUCCAAUUUACUUUGAAUAUUUCGACGCAAGAACGGCAAAUCCAAUCAUUGGCAAUCCAUAUGUCGGUCCCGAAUAUGACACAAGCAAUGUAAAUGGUCAAUCUACAACGAGUAGUAGUACAAUACCACCUCCUGUGCAACCAAUUGGUGUGUUUAAUUCACCAUCAAAAGUUAAUAAGAAACCAAAAAGCUUUUAUCCGCCACAAUUUAUAUCCACGUCUAUAUCGCCCGCAAAUAUUGAUGCAAAAUAUUUAUUUGUAACACCAAAGCCAGACAUAUUUGGAACAAUUAGUGCCCCACAAAAGUAUCCAAUUGCAACAGACAAUCCAAUUUCAUAUAAUACAGCACUUCCAGUACAGAAGCCAUUGAUACUAAAGCCUGUUGGUAAAUUUGAAGAUGAAAUUGCUGCAAUUAAGCAUACAUUAGAUUAUUAUAAUAGCGGUAGCAAACAUAAGCAUACCCAGAAACCGAAAGUGAAGGCAGUUUAUGAGUUUUCAUUUGAAGCAUCGAAGCAUAAAAAUCAACAUCAACAGCCGUCACAAGAAGAAUUCCAACCAAUGUUGUCAUACGAUCAAAAGAAUGCACACUUAACUGAAUUGAUAAAUACAAAUAGUUAUUAUCCAACAUCAAGUGAACCAUCAAUGAAGUACUAUCGAACUAAGCAAUCGGCCACGCUACCACCGAAGAAGAAAAAUGCUCAUAUGGAAUCAGGUGUAUCGGCAGCACCACAAUCAAUGCAUUAUGGACAAAAGUUGCGUCAACAAAAUCUAAAUUAUUAUGUUAGACCAAUAUUUAAAGAAGUUGUGACAUCACCGCACCAGUCGCAACAAUCACAGAAACUUAUUAUAUAUCCAUCGCAAUCAUCACAUGAUAUUCAAUCAUCGUCAGUGCCAAUUAAUGUUGAUCAACAUGGAUACAGAAUUAACAGUAAAAAUAUUAAGUAUCGCAAUCCACAGCAAAACCAGCAACAGCAACAAUAUUACGGACCAAAUAGUGAAGUUAUUAGUUUAAUAAAUGAUACGUUGGUCAAUUACAAACCACCGCAAAGGCCAAUUAAUCCAUUGAGUGAAUUUAUUGAUGUGUCAAGAUUUCCACAAAGCAAUCCAACACCUCAAACUGGUCUAAGACCUCAAAAUAGUCCGCCAUAUAAUCCGUCACAUGUUUAUCCACAACAUUUAUCCCCACAUCCUUCUCAAAUUCCACAUCAGCAGCCUAUUUAUCCCGGUCCAUUCCAGAGACCACAGCAAAAUUAUCCUCAACAGCCACAACAUAAUUAUCAACCUCAACAGUCACACCAGAAUUUCCCUCAACAGUCACAUCAGAGUUUCCCUCAACAGUCACAUCAGAAUUUCCCACAACAGUCGCAGCACAAUUUCCCUCAACAGUCGCAGCACAAUUUCCCUCAACAGUCACAGCAUAACUUCCCUCAACAGUCACAUCAAAACUAUCCUCAACAACCAAAUUAUCAUCCAAGUGCUUCUCAUGCAUCAUUAGAUGCUUCAAAUUAUCCAAUAAUAUCACAAAUUAAUCCUGAAAGUGUGCACAUAACUUUCUAUAAUCGACCACUAGAGAAGUCAGAUGAUGGAAAGUUCUGAUCAUACUAAGCUAUUGUGAUUUAAGUAAUAGGAUAUUUAUUAUUUAAUGAUAUGAAUGAGAAGAAAUUUUUGAGACUUUAGGUUGUGAUAGGUAGGAAUGAACUAAACCCCAACAUUUAUUUUGUGAAUCAAUGAUUCUAGAUUGUAAAGCAUUUGUCACACUUAGUCCUUAGUGUGAGUUUUUCUGAGAAUGACUUAAGUAUUGUUGAUUAAUGUAGGAAAUGCUUGCAGCUAUUAUUCUGAGAUUUAGACGAGAUUUUCAAUUAUCUUUGUAAAGGAAGAAUUGUGAAGAUCAAGCUUGUUAACCAUUUCCACAUCAAUGCUUAAAAGAAAGAACGGGAUUACUAGUUUAAGAAUUGUAAUCCUUUAAUUGUAUCUUAUUGCAUUUCCAUUGAUUAGCACAUUUGAAUGACUUAUGUCUUAUGAAAUAUUAUGUGCUUAGUAAUAAGGUGCAACAUAUUAAUAAUAUAGUAGCCACUACACAAUGCUAGCACGUAAAUGGCACCAAAGUAUGUGCCUAAAUUUAAAUAAUACAAAGACAUACUCUUACUUCUGCUAUAUUUAUGCCAUGUGUAAACUUUCUGAAAUUAAAACAACUUAAAUCCCGUAUAAAAAAUUUUAUGCACCAUUCACCAAAUUCGUGUAAUGAAUCUACAAAACUUUUACUGUAAAAUAUCAAUCGUACAUGCUUUUUACUAAAUUAGUAAAAGGAAAAAAAAUUGUAAAGUUGAUGAAUGCAAAAUUAUUUUCGCUUAAAUCGAGUGGCAAAUUGCCAUUAGCCGGUAUUUUAUCAGUUUUUGAUCUUAGUAACGCCGUCUGGGUGACAAAAUCGGUUAUUUUUAAGUGUAGCUGUAGCUUAAAUUACUGAUUACGUACUGUUUGUGGCAGUUUGAAGCUCUCUAAAGAGUUAUUAAUAACAGUUUGAAAUUAUUAAGCUCUUAGCAGGGCUUUUACAUACUCAACAUGAACAAGUAUUUUUUAAAGGAUUGACUUGAGAUAAACAAUGUAUCGGAAGAUCUUACACCUUAAAUCUAAUUUGCAAAAAGAAAUUUCACAUGUCUACAUUGGUCUACACAUGUCUCGGGUCAUCGAACUUCAACAAUUUAUUACCUUGUAAAUUCAACAAUCGUGCACAGAUAAUUACUAUUGUAAUAAUUAGUGAUAAUUAAGUAUUUAUGAAUCCAUAAUGAUUAAGUUAAGACAAACGAGACAACAUGAAAGUUUUUAAGUUUAAAUAACAUUUUCUUCCUUUUUAACCUUACAAAAUAUACUAUCUCCUAUUAUUAUUAUUAUUGUGAUAAUUUUUAAAAAGCAAGAAAUAGAAAUUUUACUCGAUGAAACUAAUUAACGUGUUAAGAUCUGAUAAAAAAGUGAAAGAAUUUUUUAUACUGACAA